AUGCGUAUUCAGCUUCUGUGGCUUUCCUUUGCUGUGUUGAGCACCAUUCUAUCGACUUGUGAUGCUACUUCUGACAAAUUGGAUCCGCAGAGAGUGCAACCGAAUCAAAAUGGAUCAGGACACAAUCAAUCCAUUCGAUCCGCUUUAAAGACCAGUCAUGGCAAGACAAUAGCAGAUGAUGAAGAGCGAUUUAUUUCGCUGUCAGGCAUGUCGGAGAAGAUUGCCAAGUAUUACAAAGCUAUUGUUGCCAAACUCUCUAAGUAUUUCAGAGACUAUCACGAGAGGCGCGAAAUAAGGAAGCAGCGAAUUUUAAAUAAAAGUUUCGCCGAGAUGAUGGCGGGACAAAAGUCAGUGGAAGACAUUGGAAGAAAUCAAGACGCAAGUUUUAUGUCAAGUUCAUUCUUGUGGACACCUGAAGCAUUCAAGAGCAUACUGCAUAAGUACGCACUCUUUCUCUACAAGUAUGGAAAUGGACAUCUUGCGACUGUACCAGUAAAAACUGGUUAA